AGAUAGAGGCUCGCCGCUGAGUCAGAGGCGAUAGUGAGCUUUUUAUUUCCGAAUUCUUUUCCUACGCUUCCGAACUCAGCGAGCGCCGCCCGGAUAGCUGCGAGCUCAGCUCUUGUAAUAGUGUUUGUGCACCCUGACCCGUUCGGAUUCACGUAAACAACUCUGUUGUCGUCGAGCCAGGCACAAGCGCCGGCCACUUGCACUUCGUUUCCUUCUUGCGUCGUAAGUUUUUGGACAGAGCCGUCUGUCCAUACUGUGCUGCGGAGGUCGUGGGCCGGAGCAUGCUCGGCUUGGAAUCGAGAGAGCGGCAGGCGUGGGGCGCUCGGCGAGGUGGCAGCUGUGGCUUUGGGGUUCUUGUGGAGACCAGGAGGCUAGCUCGCGACAGAGCGGGUGCUGGAGCCACUGAGUGUGUGGGCACGCCAGGAUUGUCUCAACGAUGCUUCCUGGCAGGGCGGCCUGCUCAGGCGGCUGCGCUUUUCGGUCCUGUUGGUCCGGGUCGCGCUGGUAUCGGGCCAUCAGUGCCGCGACGGCCUCUUCAAAGCCCUGCGGUCGCUGUUGUGCGCUAUGCUGGUAGGUCUCCCACAGGGUAAGGAGCCGUGCGUGCGGUAUAGUGCCUAGCCAUCGUCCUGUUGGGUCGUAGACGUCGGCAUCAGUGGGGGCCCGACGGGUGCCUCCAGCGGCGAUGAUGGUGUAGGUUCCUGGGGGCUGGAUGUCUUUGUACGGGUUACAUGGGGCUGUGGUGAUGGUGGUGGUGCCGCGUAUGUCUCUAGCGCGUGCUGCCGCGUCCAUGGGGCCCGCGUCAUGGCGCCCCUGGCGCUGGCGCAUGGUUAGGUGCUGGUCCCGGGCUGGCCCAGCGGGCAGCUUCCUAGGUGGUCUGUUGGGUGCAGUGGCCUGCCUGGUGUUAUGUUCUUGGAGCAGCGUUCCCCAAUCUUCGCUCGGGGGGCUCAGCCCAAAAACCUCGACAGCCUAACCCGCAGCGGCUCUGCCCGACCCGGAAACGACCUGGCCUUCCGCCCGCCUUCCAGCGCAACUGCCCAGCCUUCCCCCAGCACCGCCCGAAACAGCCAGCUCUAUCCAAAUUUCCAGCUCCAGCCAAACAUCCUCAGAAAACAUGUCCGGAAACCUCCUCCCCGAUUAGGGCGCGCUCACAGCCUUCCCUACCGAACGCUUCAGCUUCGAUUCUCCUCACCGUCAGCUACGCUUCCUCACCUCCGGUUGUGCUGUUGGCGUGUUGCACCGCAUUUGACUCGCCCGCCGCAUUUGCCGUACCAUUUUCGGGGCCCUCUUCUGCCUUGCCUCGCCCUGCUCUUGCCCCUGCCUUGUCACACUGUCGCCCGGCCAUUGCUUUGCUGCACGACGCUGCAUUACGUUUGACGCCCUUCAGCGCCGCUCAUCCGUGGACGCCGGCCGACUGCCUGCAGGUGCGCAUCGACCUUGCGUUCCGCGCGGUGUGGCGUCGCAUUACGUCUGUGCAUUGCUACCGCCUUGGCCGGGCGCCUGGAGCGUGAGGAAAGCGCGUCAGCGAAAACAUCGACACAGUGCCAGCUACCGUCGGUACAGUACCAGCGCGCAGCAAUGCCUUGCUCCCUUCUGCUGCAUCUAUGACUGAGUGCUAUGGGUGCGGGAGGGAACCACACACUUCGGGACUACUGCUCUCAUACCCCUGGCCACCUUCCAUCACGAGCGGCGCCGGUUAGGGACUUGCGUCAAAUACGCAAUGCGAACCGCAUGCUUGUGGCCUUGCUUCAGCUGUAACGCAACCGGCAUUUGUGCGUUUCCCAUGCUUUAGCGUGCGUUGUUGUAAGCAUGCAACGCAUGCGUGCCAGCCAUGGCGGAACGCCGGGGUGAGAGGUUGUCGGCGCACGCAAGUCAUUGUGCUUCCCGCAUGCGUACUGAGCAUGCGUAUCAUGCUUUGUCGUGCGGCCCGCGCGUGCUUCUAGUGCUUCCCGCAUGCGUACAGGCCCUGCGUUUCGCAUGCUAAAGCACACUCUAACGCACAAACCCGUCCUUAUAGUGCUAGUGGUGCAUGCCAAAACCCGUCCUUAUAGUGCUAGUGGUGCAUGCCAGUAAGUGCUGGUGGUCUGUUGAUGGCUGGGCUUGGGCUGGGUUGUGCUCCAUGUUCGGUGUACGACCGUUUGGGUGCGGUGCGGUGCUGCCACAGUCACCGCCUGGAAUUUGUUACAUCCGUAAUGCCCAACCAUUUGUAACCAUUCUCUCAG